AUGAAGUAUCUUAGCUACAUCAUAACCAUAUUUGCUGCCUUCGCUACAGCCACCCCCUGCAGCAAAGAAACAUUCAACCUCCCAAACACCAGUAUAGACAGCAUCUCCCACCACAAGAAUGGAACAAGCAUCCCCCUCCCCCUCACCGUCCCCUCCUGCGGCGGCCCAACAUUCCACACCAACAUAACAAACACCAUCUGCCGCCUCGUCGUUAACGUCAGCACAACCCCCACCAGCUCCAUCCGCAUCGAAGCCUGGCUCCCAGACGCACAAGCAUGGAACAGCCGGCUGCUAGCCACAGGCACAGGCGGGGUGGGUGGCUGCAUCGACUACACCACACUCCAGAACAGCGCACAGCUAGGCUUCGCCAGUUUCGGCAUGAAUGCCGGGCAUGACGGGAGCGAGGGGUAUGAGUUCUUCCUGAACAGGCCGGAAGUUAUUAACGACUUCGGGUAUCGGGGAUUGCAUGUGCAAGCGGAGAUUGGGAAGGAGGUUGUUAGGCAGUAUUAUGGCCGGGAACCGGGUAAGAGUUAUUACCAGGGAUGUAGUACGGGUGGGAGGCAGGGGUUGCAGAGUGCGCAGCUUUAUCCGGGGGACUUUGAUGGGAUUAUUGCGGGUGCGCCUGGGAUUGACUGGUUAAGGAUUGUUGCGUCUAAGGGGGUUCUGGCGAGGCGGGUUGGGUGGCCUGAUAUUGAGUCGGCUGGGUAUGUGCGGCCGGAGCAGUGGGGUGCUAUUGUUGAGAAGCAGAUUGAGAUUUAUGAUCCGUUGGAUGGGGUGGUGGAUGGGGUUAUUGACGAUCCAACGCAGUAUAGUUUCGACCCUGAAGUGCUGGUCUGUGGUGCUGGGCUGCUGAAUGACUCGGUCUGUUUGUCUGCGGCACAGGUCCAGUCUGUCCGCGCGGUAUAUCUCCCAAUAGCAGACUCGACGGGACGCAUUGUAUACCCUGCCUUUGGGAUUGGUGCGGAUACGUCUGUGUUCUCUGAUAACCAGGUAAAUGGGAGGCCUGAGCUGGCGUAUACCAUUCUUCAGGACUUCUGGCGCGGCGCCGUGUACAACGACUCAACCUGGACCCCCAACAACUUCUCUGUCACAGACAUGGAGACCGCCCUGGAAAUAAACCCAGGAGGCGUAAACGCCGCAAGUCCGGAUCUAUCUCAAUUCUACAAGAAAGGGGGCAAGAUUAUAUCAUACCACGGCCGCAGUGACGAAACAGUUACUCCGAGAUUAUCCAUGGAGUACUACGUCUCUGUCCAGGCAGCGCUAAACCUCACCCUCGAGGAGAUGCAUUCCUUCUAUCGGCUGUUCUAUGUUCCCGGGAUGCAUCAUUGUAGUGGUGGUCCUGGUGCCUCGGAGUUCGGACAGUCGUAUCCGCUAGACGCGAGGGCUUUGAGUCCGGAUCGGAAUGUUCUUCUGGCGUUGGUUGAGUGGGUAGAGGGUGAUACUGCGCCUGAGGUUCUGAUUGGGACAAAGUAUGAUGAUAUCAAGGUUGAAUCGCACAGAAAACACUGCUACUAUCCAAAACAAAGUAUCUGGAAUGGAUCCGGGGACCCAAGCACUGCUGAAAGCUGGAACUGCAGUCCGUAA